UCUUGGCUGAGGACCCAUCAAAAACACCUUGUGUAAUAAAAAACCCAGAUCUAUAAUCUCUCCCUAUAUAUUCUGCAUACACUGAGAUAGCCUCAACCCUUCAGGGACCUGGCACAAACGUGGAACCUGUUUUACACAACAACUGCUAUUUGAAGGGAAAGAAAGAAAAACAGAAGCAAAUGAUACCAAGACAAGCUCAUAACAGAGAUCGAACCACCAGAUGUGUACGGAGAAAAACACAGUGAGAUGAGUCAGAAAACGGGGAAGGAGGGUCCCAGGCUCUCCAAAAACCAGAGGUUCUCCGAGCACUUCAGCAUACACUGCUGCCCGCCCUUCACCUUCCUCAACUCCAAGCGGGAGAUCGUGGAUCGGAAGUACAGCAUCUGCAAGAGCGGCUGCUUCUACCAGAAGAAGGAGGAGGACUGGAUCUGCUGCGCCUGCCAGAAGACCAGAACCAGCCGCCGUGCAACGUCCCCUCAGAGGCCCAAGCAACAGCCAGCUGCGCCCCCCGCGGUGGUCAGAGCACCAGCCAAGCCACGGUCCCCUCCUCCGAGGUCUGAGCGUCAGCCACGCCCCCGCCCCGAGGCCCGACCACCGCCGGCCAAGCAGCGCCCCCCUCAGAAGGCCAAGCAACAGCCGCGCAGCAGCCCCCUCAGAGGGCCAGGCGCCAGCCGUGGGGGGUCUCCCAUCAAAGCUUCUAGGUUCUGGUAACACCAUCUCUUCCCUUUUGUUCCCCCAGUCCUAAGGUUAGUAGCUGCUUCCUGUAUUUACUAACAUCCAGGCUAUCCCAACGGCUCUCUUUCAACCUCACCAAACCUGUGUAAUCAGCUCCCUGCAUUAAAUCCCCUCUGGUUGAAA